AUGGAGACAGAUGAAGAUGUCGGUAGGGGCAACAUGUUGGACAACAUGCCCCCUAUCAGCUGCGACGGUACCCUGGAAGGUGAAACCGGCACCAGUUCCAAUGAAAUCGGUGACCUGACCUUCUGCAUGGGAAACUAUAUUAGUGAUUUCAUGAAGAUGAUGUUCACAAUGCGGUCGCACCAUAUGUUGACUGACGUCGUCUUGGAAGUCGGCAACGAGCUGUUCCACGUCCACAAAGUCGUCCUGGCCGCGGGCAGCCCCUACUUUAAAGCAAUGUUCACGAGUGGUCUAAAGGAAUGCGAGAUGUCACGAGUACGUCUACAGGGCGUCUGUCCGUCUGCUAUCGCGUGGCUAGUCUACUUCCUCUACACCGGCAAGAUUCGCAUCACUGAGAUCACAGUCUGCCAACUUCUACCCGCCGCCACCAUGUUCCAAGUAUCGAACGUGAUUGAUGCGUGCUGUGCCUUCCUCGAGAAGCAAUUGGAUCCUUCCAAUGCCAUUGGUAUCGCCAACUUUGCAGAACAACAUGGUUGCGUCGACCUCAAGAAGAAAGCUAACCAAUUUAUCGAAAGGCAUUUUACUCAGGUUUGUCAAGAAGAAGAGUUCCUACAAUUAACGCCUCAAGAAUUAAUAUGUUUGAUACGCAAAGAUGAACUGAACGUAAGGGAAGAAAGGGACGUCUACAAUGCAGUGCUCAGUUGGGUGAAGUAUGAUGAGGACAGAAGGCAUCCGCGCAUGGAACACAUUCUCCAAGCAGUGCGGUGUCAGUACCUAACGCCCAGCUUCCUCAAGGAGCAGAUGAGCACGUGUACUGUACUCAAAAAAGUUCCGGCUUGCCGAGAGUACCUCGCUAAAAUAUUUAAGGAUCUCACACUACACAAGAAGCCGGUGGUGAAGGAACGACGACCGAAUACGCCCCGCAUCAUAUACGUAGCUGGUGGUUACUUCAGACACUCAAUAGAUUUGUUCGAGGCCUUCAACUUAGACGACAAUUGCUGGACGACGCUGCCCAGGCUCACUGUGCCGCGAUCAGGGUUAGGAGCGGCAUUUCUAAAGGGACUAUUCUACGCUGUGGGUGGACGCAACACAUCGCCGGGGUCAUCGUACGACAGCGACUGGGUGGAUGUGUACAACCCUGCUACGGAACACUGGAGACCAUGCAGCCCUAUGUCCACGCCCAGGCACAGGGUAGGUGUAGCAGUAAUGGAUGGACUACUAUAUGCAGUGGGUGGAUCGGCUGGCUCCGAAUAUCAUGAAUCUGUAGAAUGCUACGACCCUGAGCGCGACACUUGGACAUCCGUAGCAUCGAUGAGUUGUGCUCGACUAGGUGUCGGCGUGGCCGUAGUGAACCGACUGCUGUAUGCUGUCGGUGGAUUCAAUGGCUCCAGGCGAAUCGCUUCCGUCGAGUGCUACCAUCCAGAGAAUAAUUGUUGGACUGAAGUAGCGCCCAUGAAUAUAGCCAGGAGUGGAGCCGGCGUGGCUGCAAUGAAUCAGUACAUCUACGUAGUGGGGGGAUACAACGGGUCGCAGCAGUUAGCGUCGGUAGAGAGAUAUGAUACGGAGCGAGACACGUGGGAACUAGUCGCGCCCGUACAUGUCGCUCGCUCCGCGCUCUCACUCACCGUGCUCGACAACAAACUAUACGCACUCGGAGGUUACGAUGGCACGUCGUUCCUGGACAUCGUGGAGGUAUACGACCCGGCGACGAACACGUGGAGCGCGGGCACGGCGCUGACGUCGGUGCGGUCGGGGCACGCGUCCGCCGUCUGCUACCAGCUGGUGGCGCCGCCCGCAGACAGCGAGCCGCAGCCGGCCGUGCUGAAGAAGCUCGGCAAGCGACACUCGGCCUCCGGCUCGUCGCUUACCGGCGCCUCGUCCGGAACCUCCAUAUCCCGGAAUGACGACAUCCCCACUGCCAACAACAUCAUAGGAACCCUAUCUAAUCCUAGGACCCCCAGCGACUACAUGUAG